AUGAGCUUAGCUGAUCAACCGAGCCAUGGCAAACGCAAUCUCAGGAAUGAGAAAAAGGAUAAUGCGACUGUUUCGCAGCUGAUCAAUCAAGGGAUUCUUAGAGCAGAGCUGGGGGAUUUCCUGAAAGCCAGCCAUGUGACCGAGUCGAUCUUAGAAGAAUCGGUUCUUCCCGAGGAAGAUGCUAGUGUUACAGUUGUGAACUUGGCCCUCCAGCGCGCCCUGUCCUCUUCGCUGAACCUCACUCUCUGGAACGAGAUCGCCAGUGAUCCAUUUCUGCAAUCACGUUGGAGAAAUCAAGAGACCUUCAAGUCUAUCCUCUAUGGAUAUGACAGGAUCUUCAGUUCUAUUCCUGUUGAGAGCUUGCCGCGAAAAGACCUUUCAAAGGCGAUCUCAACGCUAGCAGAUCUCACCGUUACUGUUGUGCUGCACAACAACCUUGAAGAGCGCGAGGUGAUGGUGAGACUGAUCUCUCAGACAAGAGAGAGAAUCUUGCGACAUGACGUGUCCUCCUCGUCCCUUUACGUUUCCGAGUUCAUGUCGAAACUGAAGAGGCUGCAGAAACUUGAGACCAAGGAAGGCAUCAUGCUCCUCUUGACCAUGUUGGAUGCGAUGUUGGUCGCCAAUCAAGAGACUUCCAGCUGCUUCGCCAUGACGAGGAUCGUGAGGGAGGAGCUCGAAGAGUUGGAUGGACAAACAUUUGCAAGUGAAAGCAAUCAAGUCCUGCAACUGAUCUUCAAAGUUGCCUCCUUACCUAGAGACACCGACCAAGUCGUCUCAGUGCGCACGACCCAAGAAUUGUCUCAGAAGAUCAACAAGAUCGAAGCACUCAAAGAGGGAAACGAUCUCCUGCGGAACAUGCUCCGUCGCAACGUGCAUGUCGACACCAAGAGUGAAGAAUCGAUGUGCGAGGCCUUUCUUGCCUGUGAUUAUCGUGCGAGCGAGGCUCUAGAGAUCGCCUUGGGAGCGAUGGAGGAGUUCGAACGGUCAGAGGUGACGAGGAGUGAUCUCUGUGUGAACAUGCUGGUGAAACUCACGCGGCGGCUGCUGAGGCAGAACGACGAGUCGGACGUGUCGGCGAUCGCGGGGCUGAUAGAGCGAGCGAUGAAUCGGAUCCGGAAGAUGAUCAUCGAAGAGAACCUGAUGCCGGACAUGAUUCCUCUUACCCAACUGCUGGACGCUGCCGGUCGGCAUGUGCCGGGUCAAGGGAUCGUCGAGCUCGGCUGUUUCCUGCUUGACCACGCGGAUCAGUCAAAGCUCCCGUUCGAUCUGGUCCUCUGCAACGUACUGGUCAACAACGUAGUGAGAGGGCAGACGCAGACAGAGAGCGAAGAGGCUGUCAAGAUGUCGAUCUUAGAAGUCAAGGACCUGCUGUUCGCAAUGCAGGCCAAGGGAAUAGCGCCUGACAUCUACACAGUCACGAUGAUCAUUGGUCUGCUGAGACGAUAUGCGAUCUUGGGGAGUGGAGAUAAAGCGAUGAAGGAAGCUGAUUGGGUGUUGACGAUGAUGGAUCGAUAUGACAUCGCUGUCAACGAUGUCUUUGCCAGGCAAUAUGCAGACUUGUGCUCGAUAUGCUGCUCUCAAAGAGCGGACGCAUUAGUCUGUCUCAAGUUGUCCUCGUACAUCUUCGAGAAGUUGUGGGAGAAACAACCAGUCUGCAACUCAACGCUGACGUCCUACCUGCAAGUUUGCAGCGAGACGGCAGGUCGGGGUCUGAGGAUGUCGCUGACGAGGGGGAGGGCUGCGUUUCUUCGAUAUGCGAGCGAGCAGAACUCAAGCGCUGUGGAGCCCCUCAACUCCCUCCUCGACUGCAUCGCCCAGAGCGUCGGCAGCGGCAUCGACUUCGGCUUCCCGCUGGCGAUCAAGCUGAUGAGGGGGGAGCGAGCGCGGGGAGUCCAGCUGGACAUCGUGACCUUCAACACCGCCAUCAAAGUUUGCGUCAAAGUCGCGCCGUCUCUUCCCAGCUGCCUGCCAGCUGAUGUUGAGCUGUAG